AUGCAUCUGUUGCAGCCAUCCUCCUGCAGUUGCUAUAACUUGAAGCUACCAACUCCACCCGCGGCAAUCAAUUCAGAACCUCUAGAUGCGUCGAUGAAAAGAAGAUAUACUUUGGACUGCCGGACAGGUGCCGCUGUCGAACUUACAAGAUCGAAUAUUUUCGUUCACGGUGGGUUGACUAUUCCCUUGAAUUUGACGCAUGUGAAUUCUGUUCAGAUUCAGAAAGAGCUUAUUCUGUAUUUUGCCAAAGAAAAGGUUACCGGUAGCUCUUUCAAGAGACUCAGUGAUUGGAUUAGCUCGGAGACAUUCUUUUUGGAUCUAAUAACAAGAACAUGGGAACGAGUGGAAACUACGAUCGAAGAAGAUACCAGAAGCGAUGACGAUGCACACGACGAGGGUUCAGUUCCGGUGUUCAAAGAGCGACUAUAUCAUUCGAUGUGCUUUGCAGGUUCAUGUUUGUACAUUUUCGGUGGGCUGGUAGUCUCUCCUGAUAGCGGAUACGAAUUGAUUGCCACUAACGAAUUAUGGAAACUCGACUUGCAGGCCAAGAAGUGGUCUCUCGUCAGCAAAGAUCCACAGAUUACCAGGAGAUUUACCCAUUCUAUGCAUACGUUGAACGAAGAAGAUGACUCGAAGGAUACUAAAAUAGUUAUUGCUGGCGGGUUAAACAAUAUUGACAAGCCUGUAUACCGCAUCGACAUUUUUAACGUAACGAAGAACUGUUGGGAAACAGAAACGAACAGCAGCUCACCUUGCAGGAUGUUCGCAAACGUUGAGGGCGAGAAGGUUGCAUUAAUGAAAGAGUCCAAUUAUUCCAUACUUGUGGAGAAUAAUGAGGCCAAGAUACCCAGUCUUGUGUUCUAUGCUGCAGAGAAAGAAGGCAGUCCGAAGGGUAAGAACAAGAGUGUGAGCGCCAGUAACGAAGGAUCUCCUAUAGUAGCAUUACCGCUUCUGUCCGAGUCUCAGGGAAUGAGGAUGAUCUCUAACCAAUCGUCGGUUACUAUGGAUAUGCCAUCCAACUUACAGUACCCAACUGGUGACUACUUCUGUUAUACCAUUGUUAUGGCUGGAUUUUAUCCGAAUUGUCAGGCUUCGAGUUUCUGCUGCUUCGUAUACGACAUCCCGUCAGGAAGAUGGACUAGAGUGAGCAUUGAUUGCAAAGAAGGCGACAUCAAUAAGCACCGAUUUUGGAAAUUAUUCGUCUGGCAGUCUCAUCAUCAAACGAUUCUUCUGGGUGAAAGGAAUGACGAUGAUUUUUUACCUAGUGUGCAGAAGUUUGACUUCCUUCUGACUUUUGGACUUCCAAUGAUAAGCAUAUACAAUAAAGGAGUUCGGUCAUCUGUUAAGCAGGGGUUCAAAGUGCCGGCACAUGAAACUUCUCAAACAUCAGACAGCCCAUCAUCGUUAUCCUUUCCUUCAGAUAGAAAUAUUACGGUAGGACAAGACGGUGGCGACUUCAGGAAGGCUAGCUACGCUUCAACUUCGACAUCUCAGUUCGAAAGUUACAUACAAUACAUUGCGCCUCCAAUUGAAAUGACCUCUAUUCGAACAGUCUUCCCGCCUUACGCUAUGGUUCUAGGAAAGGAUGCCCUGGAGAUUUUCGGAAACCCAUUAUCUGAUUUCGAGUUCAUCACCGACAAAGGAGACUCCAUUGGAGUACCGUUGUACCUUCUAAGAAAGAGAUGGGGUCGCUACUUUGACAUGUUGUUAUCACAGGGCUAUGUUAGAGCAUGUGCGGAAUAUGAAAACAGUGGUACACCUUCUGAAAUCAUCAAGAUUUCUCCUUAUUCUUCGCAGGCAAUGUCCUUUUCUAAGAACUCCGAUGUUUCAUCUGCUGGUCCCUUGGACGCUUACUUCACUUCUAAAGGUCAAAGACGAAAAUCACUAUCGAAAGCACAGGAUAAAGUAUCGACAGCUGAUGAAGAAUCAGUUCCGGCGGAGCAUCGUUUAUCUCAUUUAAUGUCCAAUUCCUCCACGCCGGCUUACUUCGAAAAUGACGACGAGGAUCCUGUUUCGCCUCCUGGGUUAUCACGAAUGGGCAAAGAGCAUUCAAACAGGGAUACAAAGACUAUUCACAGAAUUGGAACCGGUUCCACUACAAGUUCAUCCGGUGGAAUGGUCUUCAGGGUACCAUUCCAGGAGAACCCACCGCUAGCCUAUAGUGACACUAACCUCGUUAAGCCCCCAGGCGUAGAGGAGAAGAGAAGAUCUUCAUCGGUCGCUAAUGCAGCACUGGACUAUUUACGGCCUAACCACCUCGUUGACCGAUGGCGAAGGGCAUCACACCCCAAUUCCUCAAUAUCUUCACCUGAGGAUUCUCGAUUCCAUGGAUCUUCGACACGUUUUGCCCCGCCAAGUGGGCAAAGCUCUAGAAAUACUUCCAUUACAUCUCAGACAAGCUCCGUUUCUUAUGUCAGUUCUUCCUCUGACAGGAUGGGAAAUUCGAUCUUCGCUCAGGGAGCAGGCACAAGCAAUAUUGAUUCGCCACUAGGUACUAUCCUGAACAUUGCACUACCUCCUCAGACCAAUAUGCCAAAUGACCCCCUACCUCCUGUGCCACAAGAUGCGACAAACGCUAAUAGCAGGCGCAAUAGUUUAUUUGUCGAUUUUGCCCUGUCAAACAGAAGUAGCCCAUUUUCAUCCAGAAGACCUUCUCACGACAGAAGAUCUAGCUCUUCAGAAGCCGGUAGACCGCUUGAUCAAUUUCAGACUUCUUUGGACAGGCAGCUCAUGGAAGAUAGAGGGCGCACCGCGGAAGCGGCGUCCGGGCAUCAUAGGUCAUUUUUCUCUAAGCUGAAUAGCAGAUCAGCAGACUCCGGAUCAACAAGCUCCUCUAAGGUUUCAACUAGUGACGGAAAUAGGCUUUCUCUUUGCUCGAACCCUGAGAGCACUGAAAGCGGAGCCUCGGGCCCUCUUGAGUGGGAGCCAUUGUUGACUCCACGGACUCUUUACAUGCCCUGGCCUACAGCCACUGUCAGAGCCUUUGCAGAAUUCUUUUUCACUGGCCACGUUAACGGCAAAUGGGCCCUCGCACCCGUCGUACUCAAUCUCCUAUUAAUGUCAAAAAUGUACGAGAUUCCGCUACUUUACAAUCUGAUCACUGAGGUGCUGUACUCAAUAGUCGGAAGAAAAGAGGACAGUUUAUACGUCAUAUGUGCUUCUAUGACGGACGCGUUUCAUAGCAAGGUAGCCGCAUACUGCAAUAACGAUGAGACUCUUAUUCGAAGCUAUUUGGAAGGGGAUGAACUGUAUACUGAAUUGGUGAAGGUCAGGCAGUCAUUGGAAAAUAUUGAUAAUGGCACAUUUGAUCUAGAUUUAAUACAGAAAGUCACUCGGGCGUUUUCAUCUAGUACACACAGAAGUAGUGAGAGUGGCAUUGACAAAUCUAGCACCGCUGGUACCUCGACCUUCCGCUCUUCGGUUGCCGGCGGGAAUAAUAUACCUACUGUGUUCGCAGGUGGACCAAGGGAUAGCCAAGAUUCUGACGGUUCUCUGGUCUAUCCACCUUCGCUCAGUUUUCCGCGCAGAAACCAAUCAACAGGUGGUGCUAAUAUGAAAUCCAAGAAAAAAUCCAGCCUAAGUCAAGAGAUUAGCUCCACUCUUAGUGAAAUGUCAACGCCAAGCACUGCUCGUGUCAGCAGCGACACGGCGCUGAACACCAUAUCCGACAAACUCUCAGAGGAGAGGGAGUCAAUGGUCAGCGACGACGACGAGAGCUCUACAAGCAGCAGUGUCAGCAGCGAUCUUUACAAGGAAUUGGAUGACGAGAACUACGCCACUGACGAGGAGUAUGAAACUACAAUUAUUGACGCAAGAACGAGCGGAUACUGCGAUGAUGAGGAGGAGGAUAUAGAAUACCGAAAAAAUAUCAGUAAGCUUGGCAAUAUCUCGCAGAAAAACAAGAGCGAUGAUUCGGCUUCUUCGCAGUCCGAAUCAGAUGGUAUAAACUCUGAGUUGGGGCUUCUGUCAAUUAACAAAAUGAAAAGAAAAAUUGCUGGUCAGCUUGACUUAGAAGAGUCAAUAGACCCUCUCUUCAAAACCGGUUUCAAUCCUCAAAGCCCUGCAAGGGACAGUCAAUCUAGAGAUAAAUUUACUACUGCUAGCGACUCUGCUCGAGACCGUACAACAAACGAAGCAACCUCCCCUACCCUGGAAAACUUAGCUUCCCCUAACGCUCUCCCUCCAGUUGACUACGUGAUAAAAUCAAUCGCGCGUACGGCUGCGCUGGUCAAUUACCCAAGACUGAUAGUUAGAUGCCUCGAUUGCCUCGAAAUCUCCAAACGUCUGAGGAGCAUUAAAAGAAGACUAGCCGCACAUUUCACUAAGCUUGAUGAAGAAUGUAGCGUGACUACACCCCAGGAAGUGUUGAAAAGGCGUCUGCUUGACAAGCAGAAAUCUGAUUCUGCACUGGCGAAAAGUAUGUGCACAAGUGCCUCCUGGAACGUUGUCAGUCAAGAAAAAAAGUCUCCCCAAGCAGAAAAAAUUCGCAGUAACUCUGCCAUGCCAUCGGAACAUCAGCUUUCUCCAAAGACAUCACUGAGUAGAGGAGCCUCUGAUAGCCUAAGUGCUGGAAUCCUAUCGCGAAAAUCUCAGUUUAGAUUGGGCGGCGACGAGUCGCCUAUUGCAGGCGAUGCCCCGAUUUUAAUGAACCCGGCUUUUAUGCCACCGCCGCCAGCAAGCUCUAGCAGAGGGAAAAAGACUUACGGCAGCUCAAGUACUGGCGGGUUCUCAUUUUUUGGCAAAAAGAAGUAA